AUGAGCAAGAAAAGUAGCAAAGCACAGCAGGCAAAGGUGGCAACGACGUACAACAUCAACGACACGGUCCUAGGCAAAGUGCGCGGCUUUCCACCGUGGCCCGGCAUGGUUGUGGACCCAGACAACGUUCACCCCACCGUGGCUCUCGAACACCCCAGCAGCAAAAAGGCCACGUUCUACUGCAUCAGGUUCUUCCCUUUGGGUGACCAUGCAUGGUUAGUUGAGAAAGACAUCUCGAAGCUCCAACGACACGAAAUCGAGUCGUACAUCUCGGAGCCCCACAAAAAGUCGUCAGAGCUGUUGAAUGGGUAUCAUAUUGCUCUGGACCCUGCGACGUGA